UGCUCUUAGAGGCUCCAAAAGGGUCGUUGAAACUUUUUCUCCAGCAACUUGGCUAUCGCCCGCGUCCCGACUUCAUUCUCAGUUAUCUAGCUUCACAUCUUGGUUUGCCGGACUCCGAGGAACGAGGAGGAAUAGGUUUAGAUCCUUUCGGCAUGCCACCUUCUUCUUUCUCAGCUACGACAACGAGUCCUGGUCAAGAACUACAUAA